AUGGACAUGUUGGAUUGGAGCGCUCCGGCCAAUGUCACCGGGUUCAACAAAAAUUGUGAUGUCAGUGAAACUACGUGCACUAAGCUACCCUCUUUCCUGUGGUUUGAUGAGCUUCAUCCAUCGCCGCGGACGGUCCAAAUUAUUGCCCAGAAUUUUACUAAUGUCGUGAAGGGGAAAAGCAAGUGGGCAACCUACUAG